AUGUACUAUAAGACAAAACCACAGGAUGAAAACGAAUACCAAAAAAUACAAAUUGAUAAUAAAAUUUUUUAUACAUUAAAAAGCAAAGAAAACUCGCCAGUAAAAAAGAAAAAAAGAUAUUCAGAUCUACUUAAGGAUCCUUUGUAUAUCCAACAGGAUUUAUAUCGAAAAUUAAAUAUGAUUAAACAUUUUAGGAAUAAGAAUGGAGAUCUUUUUAGUCUAAUAGAUAAAUGGAAGUCACUCAUUGAUGAAUGUAUUAUUCUAAUGAAAAGAGAUUAUGAGGUGUCUGUACAAGAAUUGUUUAAUUUAUUUAGACUUGAAGACUAUGGAUUUAAUAUAGAAAAUUACGAAUAA